AUUGUUGAGAGGAGGAGAGGGGGGGCUGGAAAAACGUGUCAGGAACUUUCAGGAAGGAAACUAGGACCUUCAAUCGCAUUUUACCUUUGUGUGGCGAUGAAUGGAAUGCUCCAGGAACUCUAUCCUCUUCCUAACGUUCAAUAAACUUUAUCUAGAGAGAGUUCUUCAAAAUGAAAACUCAUAGGUAGAGAAACAUUUAUAAAAGUAAAGAAGUUACUUUGACCACUUUGCCGCCACUGGAACAAUGGCGUCCGAGCAAAAAGUUAACGGGAAUGAACUUUUGGAAGUUGACAUAUGCGACGGCGGCGUGUGCUCCCUGAACGACAGCGGUGUUUUUGUCCACGGUGUCGCGCCCCUCCAGGAUGAGUUCUCCGGCUUUCAGCAGUGGACAAGCCUCGCCGAGUCACCGAUUGACACAUCAGCACCUCCGGGCCGGCAGAAGGUCCCCGGCCAGCGCAGAGCACCGCCCGUCGUCGCUGCUGCCACCCAAAGGACCAACCCGGCCGGUGACAGUGACUCUGAAAGCCAGGAUGGAGCCAAAGCUCCCAGGACCUCCAUAGUGGACUGUCUGCUGGUGGAGCUGUAUGAGACGUACAGCGGAGGCAGCAGGAGGAAUGUGGACAGCUGGGACAGCUCCACGGAGGCGUCCGGUUCGGACGCCUUCCUGGGCCGCAGUAACACCGGGUCCAACUUCCUCCAGGAGCUCCAGGAGAAGCACACCAGGAGGCAUCAGAUGAGCUACCUGGCCCAGAAAGCCCCUGAAGAGCUGCUUUCAAUCAUCCAAGAGGUCAGAUAUCGUACGGGCCUGCAGUCGGCCAAGCUGAUCCGCCAACUGAGGAGACGAGACCGACUCAACCACAAGCUGCAGAAGAACUAUGACAUCAUCACAGCUUGCCUUCAGGCUGUGUCUCAAAAGCGACGAGUUGACACAAGGCUGAAGUUUACCAUCGAACCAUCACUGGGAAAAAAUGGCUUCCAGCAGUGGUACGACGCCCUUAAAGCAGUGGCUAGGCUUCCUACUGGGAUACCGAAGGAGUGGCGGAAGAGAGUUUGGCUCACACUAGCAGACCAGUACCUACACAGUAUCUCCAUCGACUGGGAGAAAACUCUUCGCUUCGCGUUUAACGAGCGUAGCAACCCGGACGAUGACUCUCUCGGCAUCCAGAUCGUCAAGGAUCUCCACAGGACCGGCUGCAGCUCCUACUGUGGCCAGGAGGGAGAGCAGGACAGGGUGGUGCUGAAGCGGGUGCUGCUCGCAUACGCCCGCUGGAAUAAAACCGUGGGUUACUGCCAAGGAUUCAAUGUGUUGGCUGCCCUUAUUCUGGAGGUCACAGAGGGCAAUGAGAGCGAUGCACUGAAGGUGAUGAUCUACCUGAUUGACAAAGUGCUGCCAGAGAGUUAUUUUGCCAACAACCUUCGAGCUUUGUCAGUGGACAUGGCCGUGUUCAGAGACCUGCUGCGUCUAAAGCUGCCCCGACUCUCCCAACACCUCCAUCACCUUCAGAAAGCUGCUAACAGGGAGGCUGGAGGCAGUUACGAGCCUCCGCUGACCAACGUCUUCACUAUGCAGUGGUUCUUGACCAUGUUCGCCACCUGCCUGCCAGCCCCCACCGUGCUGAAGAUCUGGGACUCUGUGUUUUUUGAGGGCUCAGAGGUGCUGUUUCGGGUGGCUCUGGCCAUCUGGGAGAGACUGGGAGAGAGGAUUGAGUACUGUCAAACAGCCGAUGAGUUUUAUAGCACCAUGGGUUGCCUGACUCAGGAGAUGCUGGAGCACAACCUCGUCGAUCCCACUGAACUUAUGCAGGAGGUCUACUCCAUGGCAGUGUUUCCUUUCCCCCAGCUGGCUGAGUUAAGAGAGAAAUACACCUACAACAUCACUCCAUUUCCUACCUCAGUCAAAUCCAAUGGAAGUGGUGGGCUGGGAAGCUGGGACAGCGACGACGAUGCCGACAUAGAUGAGGAGGACUCUAUGGUGGCGGCACUCGGUUGUCUGGGGCCCCUGGGUGGUCUACUAGCCCCCGAGCUGCAGAGAUACCAGAAACAUCUGAAAGACCAGCGAGCGGAGCAGGGCAACUUUGCUGAGCUGAGCCCGGGAGCCGUUGGAGCUGGAGGACCAGGGGGAGUGGGGGGCGCCAGGGCUGAUCAUAAAGCAGCCAUCAACAGCAUGAUGAUGGAGAGGAUGAGCACCGACAUCUGUGCCCUGAAGAAGCAAUAUGCACGCAUCAAGAGGCGUCAGCAGCAACAGGCUAUGCAACUGUACAUACGCACAGGGUGUGGACAUGAGGUGGCUACAAGUCCAGGAGUUCCUCAAGAGUGUUUCAGCAAACACAGCAACAGUACUGACCACCAAACCGACGACAAGUGCCCCGCCACCCGUGUCCUCGCUUCCCAACUAAACCCUUCCGGCGCAGCCAUCAACCACCUCCUCUUGGGUCAGAAACUGCUCGGCAGCCCCCGGGGCUCCAGGCACACGCCCGCCAUCAGGUCCACGGUCCCAGGAACUCGACCUGCUUCUGAGUGCCAUGGCCAGGCAUCCCCAGCCAGGCAGCGCUGUGGUUCACUGCCCUCAAAUGCUGCCAGAACGCCGGGCAACGCCAGUGGAGGUACUGGGUCACCGUGGAGAGCUCAUGUACGUGUUCAUCGUAGAAAUAUUGCCAGGGCUCGAGCACAGCUGGGCUUUGGAGAUUCAGAGGAACGGGAUGAUGAUGAUGAGGAGGAGGAUGAGAAAGAAGGAGCAGAAAGACUCGACAGUGAAGAAGAAAGGAAGCUUGACCCAAGUGAGAUGGAUGACUCGGUCCAGAAGGAAACCUCUGUUUCUCCUCUUACGUCAGUUUGCGAAGAAGCUCCACAGGUUGCAGAUGUUGCCGAGGUGGUGGUGCAGUUGGACUCCUUGGAUCUAGAGGAUGAACCAGGCCUGACUCCACCCAUAAAUCCAAACCCAGACACACAACCCAAACUCCCAGAGUGUAAGCCUGCACCCCAGGUCCCCCUUCUUCCUCCUCCGCCUUCCUCAAACAGACACAAAGACUCCGACUCCUCGGGGUCAGAAAAAAACAGCAGCUCUAACAGACACUUCACUUCAACUCAAUCCUCCGCCGACUCCUCUAUUCCUUUCUCCUCACCUUCCACAUCAAGUACACCCCCCUCUCCAAAAUGUGCAUCUGCUUCCCUGUAUCCUUCCUCCUCAUACUCUCCUUCACCUCCCCCCACCCUGACGCCAAACUCUGAAUUCUGCCUCCCGUCCUCUUCAUCAGCCAAUGGCUUGUACGCUCUCUCUCUUCCUUCCCCUACUUCUUUUUACAAAACCUCCUCCCCCUCCACACCCUCCCUCUGCUCAGCCUCCUCCUCUGCCAAGUCUGACAUCACCUCCUCCCCAUCGACCCCGAUAUUGGCUUCUGCAACCUCCACUCCUAAACAGCAGGUCUACUCCCCGUUCCCUAGUGUAAAGCAACCCAGAAGAUCAGUGGCAGCCAGAAACCUCGGUCUCUACGGGCCCACAUCCCGAACGCCCAAUGUCCACUUCCCUCAGCUCAGCCGCAACCUCAACAGGAGCAGCACUGCUUGCACCACGGGGAGGCGAUGAAGGAACUCUACCGUGUGGCCUCCUUCAUAAAAAAUAUAACUCACCUGUACAAAGAAACAUGUUAAAACCAGUAGAAAACAUCUGGAGUUAGUUUGGUAAAUCUGAGGAGUUAAGGACAGGAGCCCACACCCACAGUGGCUUAUGCAGGUCCUUCUUGACCACUAUGCUUCAUAGACUUCCGUCAGUACUAGUACAGUGAGAAAACACGAGGGACGAAUGCUUCCUUCCAGACUUACGAACUGUACUUAUGAACAUAAUGAAGUUGAUGAUAAUGAAUGAUUCUUCCAGUGAAAUUACUCAUAAUAGCCAUCCAGUUAUUGCCAAGUAUCUACACAUGAAUCAAUAAAUACCUAAGUGUUUGCGUGUUACCAAAAAAACUGCCCAACUCUGAACCUUGUGACUUUUUGAAGCACUUACAUGUUCUGUUUUGUGUAUUCCUGUUCACGUAUCGACUGUUUAACACGAGGAAUGUAAUGAUUAUUGAUGACGUGCGAGUGAAUGGGAACUAGAACGACCAUCUGGAAAACAUUUGUUUUGCUGUUUUCACAAUCAUAUGUAAAUUAAAAAUUGCAAAUUUAAAUAUAAAAGGUUUUCACUCUGAAACAACUGAAAUGUUUGGGAUUGAUGUGAGGAUGUGUUUCCAGUAAUAAAUAACCAUGGUAAUAAUAGAGUAGAGUUUAUCAAAUGAAUAGUGUCAGUAAGGUCAGUGCUUUCAAGGCCAAUUAAACUUGAGGCAUGAAAGUUCUACUUAAAAAAUUUUGAUAGACUUAAAAUAAUAAAUGGAAGAGAGAAGGUUUAAAAGGCAAAUGUGAGCUGAUUCACACCUCAACCAUUAGCGCUGGUCUUUAUGUAAUGAGGAUAUUUAGUUACACAGGCUUAGCUUUACCUGUUCCCAUGCUGACCCUCCUGUCACACCUGUCCCCCAGGAAGGAGGAGUCCCAGAAGGUCAGGCGCCCACUUCCUCCCCCUCCCUCCCUCCCCCCUCCUUUGUCCACCUGAUGAGUCAGUUACAGGUGUGAAGGGGAGUCAGCCUGCAGGAUGAACUAGUGCUCUCCAACCAUCCGUUCUCAGACCCAGCUCCGUGUAAGUGAUUCUUGCUCUGGCUGUUUAAUGCCAUUGUUCAGUAACAACAGACUCCUACUAAAGCAGCUCUGUGGGGAAUUCAUCAUUGUCUCCCUUAGUUUGUCACAGAACCACAGCAGUGUUAAACUAGGGCAGCAAAGCGACUACUGCAGGGAGCUCCACCAUGAAACGCUAGUU